UUAGCAGUAGUUUUGAAACAAAAGAGUUUCUUCGUGAAUGUCAAAGAUACUCAUUAUACUGUCAUAAAGAACUCUAACAUUGACUUCUUCAGUAUUGCUUUAAAUCUUUCCGAACAGAAAGAAUAUAAGAAAGGUGAAACAAAUGUGAAAUAUUAUCCUUCAUCUCUGAAGACAAUAACGAACAAAGAUGUUAUACAGAAAUUCUUACCAAAGGUUGAAGAAGCUUCUAUUGACAUUGACGAAGGAAGUGAAAUGGUUGAAGAAAUUGACCCUGACGUUAUUUAA